CUGGUAUCGUUCGUCACACAAAAAUUUUGUACGCUUGUAGAAGCAGUUGUUAUUAGUAUUUCGCUCGUUAAUCAUUCAAGUUGGAAAAUAUUUUCAAAUAUUAAAAUAGUCUCUAAAUAAUUUGUGUUACUACCAGAUACAUUAAUUCAUAUAUAAUAAUAAAGUUUUAUAUGAAUUGUUUUUAUUUUCCUUAUUAACUUAAGGAAUUAAAUUAAUAAAUAUAAACAAUUUAGAAAAAAGACAAUUAGACUAUACGGCGCUAAUGGUCUCAAUCAUAAAAGAGAUAACUAAAAGGAUUCAAGCUAUAAAAUGGAGUGGGUUCUUAGAAGUCCACAGAUUCAUAAUACCUUCAGCAACCUUGGUUAUGCAACUCCAGAUGGAUAUCACGUAAACGAAAAUUGUAAUGCUGCUUUAGAAACGAUACUUGAAAAUAUAUUAUCAGAAGACAAAAAUUUACGCACAUUUAGGAGAAGUAUCAGCUUUGGACAAAACGUUACAAAAGAUCUUUUACCUCUAUUAAUAAAUACCAAAGAUGAUAAGAUUAUAGAGUUACUAAUUAAAAUAUUGGUAAAUUUGACAAUACCCGUGGAAUGUCUCCUUUCGGUAGAUACUGUUAACAAAACAGACAUAGGCAGACAUGCUAUAUUCGAAAUUAACAACUUGCUUUCUUCAAUUAAGACCGCGAUCACAGAGCAAAGUGUUUGUAAAGUGAUUAUUGAUUUUUUGAAAAAGAACGCUGACGUUGAGUCCGUGUCGAACUUAAAUAAGAAACAAUGCACGAAUAUCAGUAACACACUUUUAUUCUUACGUAAUAUAUUACAUAUACCAGAGGAUACUAAUAACCUUAACUCAACGUUCACUAAUCCAACUCACACGGUUCAGAAUCAGCUAUUAUGGAACUUAUUCAGUCAAAGUAUCGACAAAAUUCUAAUAAAAUUGAUGACAAUACCUGAUGCGACUCAUUGGGGAGUCACGAUGGUCCAAUUGAUAGCCCUAAUUUUCAAAGAUCAACAUGUAACCAAGUUGCAUAAACUGCUAAAUGUGUGGCUGGAGACUUCCCUCUCUGAGAGUUCUGAAGAUAAUGAGAGUAAUACAUCACCACCGAACAGAGGUAGCAAUCAUUCAUCGUCGAUGGUAACGUCAGAUCCUACAUCAGACUCAUCUGACACCGGGGCGAGUGGCAUAAGCAAUCAAGGACAAAACUCCGUCAAUAAUUGCUGGGAUAAUAAUACCUCUAGAAAUGAUGUUGAUGGUGGAAAGCAAUCAUUUCAAUCACAAAAUGAAAACAAUAAAACUUUAGGCGAAACCAGUGAAAGUAACGAGAGUAAACUAUUUAACCAAUCUGAGCCCCUGAGCCAGAAAAAUGUAAAUAAUCCCAAGAAUAGCGAAAAUACCAAAAAAGUUGAAACUAAAAAUGAAAAAAUAACAGCUCUAUCUGAAAACUCGGAUUUCGGCUACGGAACCCAAAAAGAAAAUCUAGGAGCAAUAUUGACUUCUAGUAAUGAAGACGAAUUGCCAGUGAAACAAGCUGCACACCAGAAAUCGCAUCCUGUAAAACAGAGAACUAACAAAAACAAAGUCCGUGACAACGUUUCUCCGCAAGAGCGCAAAAGGAAAAAGAUUGUGAAAAGAUUUAAAGCUAAUAUUAUAAAUGUCCAAGGCUUAACACAUAGCACGCCAACCGAUGAAGACAUUUCCAACGUAUUAAAGGAAUUCACUGUAGACUUCCUCCUGAAGGGCUACAACUCGUUGGUCCGAACUCUACACACGCAGAUACUCACAAAUAUGCAACUGGAGAUCGACACAUCACAUUUCUUUUGGCUCGUCACCUACUUUCUUAAAUUUGCAACUCAGAUUGAAUUGGAUUUGGAGCAUGUAUGCUCGGUGCUGUCCUUCGACAUAAUCUCGUAUCUCACAGCUGAAGGAGUCAACCUGGCCGAACAGUUCGAAUUGUCUAUUAAACUGGACGGAAAUGAUUUAAAACCAAAAAUAAGAAGAUUACAUUUGGUCGUCACAGCUAUACGAGAAUUUAUUCAAGCGAUUGACGUUUACAAAAAAUCUGCUAACAUGUGUAGCAAUGACAAAGACACUCUCAUCAAGUUGGAAAUAAAAAUGUGCGAAACCGACGAACUGCGUUUACUAUUUGUUCUACUUUUGAGACAUUACAAUCCGAAAUAUCAUACUAAACAAUAUUUAGAGGAUCUUAUUGUUACGAAUCACAUACUCCUAAUUUUCUUGGACAAUGUAUUGAAAAUGCCAGAAUAUAAAGGCGACGGCAAAAUCGUCGAUCAUAUCAGACAAUUUUCGUCGCCAGAAAUAAUGUUUCAGUAUGGAAUUCUCUUAGAGAAUUACGAGGGGAAUGGAGAGUUCGUAAAUGAUUGCAUAUUCACUCUCAUGCACCACAUCGGAGGGGAGCUCGGGUGUUUAAUAUCUCUCUUUCAGCCGAAUAUAUUAAAGACAUUCACAUCUAUUUGGAAAUCUAAUUUUGAUAUAUGCGAUGAUUGGUCAGACUUAAUUGAGUACGUGAUUAACACGUUCAUCAAAAAACCGUAUAAAAUUCAAAACGCCAUGAGUCACAUACAGAAGAAAUUUUUCGAGGAUGAUAAACAUUUGAAAGAGAUCUUGUUGAGCGCUGAAGAACUAAGUGAACCGCCAGAAGAUAAGAAGUCGGUUCAAUUUUCGACUGACAGCAUCUCUAAUAGAUGGACUGAAGAAGAAUUGUCUUCGUUGAAUUGGAAUUACAUGCAAUGCAGUAAUUCAGCAGACGUAAUCGGGGAUAUUAUCAACAUGUUUAAAGAAGAUGGCAUCAUUAAGAAUAGAAAAGCGGUUGUGAGGGAACUUUACAACCAAUUCAUCCUCAACAAAGAUGAGUUUGAAACCUUUAUGAAAAAGGAAAAUGACAAACCUUUCCACAGCAAAACGCCACACGAAAAUAUGAAAGAAAAUAGGGAGGAUGAAAUAUCGAAACUCUGUGAACAGCUCAGACAGGAUGGAAUGCCUAAAUUUUUAGAUUGGGUUCAAAUGGUUCUCUUAGAAACCUGUUAUGCGAAAAUAUAUUUGGAAAAGUCAGCGAAAAGUAUGUUCAGUUCGAACGACACGAAAACAUUCGAUUCAAAUGGAAAGGAAUAUGAGUCGUUACCGAAGCAGCCCGCGGACUUGCCCGUCCUGUCACCAGUGUCGUAUCAUUCUUUACUCCUGAAUAAACCCAUACCCCUGGUGCCGUGGAAUGGCCAACAAGCCUCUAUUUGCAAGGACUUGAAAUUCUUGCUACUUUUACAUAAACUUGGUUUCCAUAUGCCAGUGGACACUGGCAAAGUUUUCAUUAGUAUACCGAACUUCUGGACACCUGACUUCCUGUACGAAAUGGCUGGGAAGAUAUCGCCUAUUGAUGUUUCAAAGUUGAAAUUCUCCCUGAGCGAUAUAUCCGAAAGCAGUAUCAUUCACUUCGCCGUGACGAAGAACUGUGUCUUACCAGAGAUGUCAAAGGGUCGAGACGUCUUAACACCCACUUCUGAAAAUUUCUUUCAAAUACAUAGCAAGAAGCAAAAUCGCUCGAACAUUAUGAAUUUAACGCCCAUGCCUGGAUCUCCUUACUCUUCUGCUGAAGAUGACGAAGUCGUUAUUAACAAACCAUGCUGGUUUGACGUAGUACAAAAAUCUCAAAAAUUUAAACUGUCCUUAGAUUUGGCAAAAUCCAUUAUAUCGGUCGAAAAUGAUACUAUGAAGGUUUGUGUACCUGAAAAGGUUACGCACGUCCCGCUUGAUAUGACGUCCCAUCAGCUCGGACCACUCGAGAGCUCUUCGCUCAUACUUCCGACGAUUAUGAGUGUGAAUCAAGAAGCCAGCGCUUUCAGAACACGACUAACGGACCCUGAUUAUUACAAUAAUAGCGUGUGCGAAACGGCGUCAGUGGCGUCGGACCUGACGUGCAUGUACGUGUCGGACGAGGAAGACAAGCCGGAGUCGCUGCGCAGCUCCCUCAAGCCGCUCCACGACCGCUGCUCCGACGAGCACGAGCAGAGCAAGCGCCCGCGCGUGCAGUACCUGCCGCCCUACUAGUGCGGGUGGCAUCCAUGCACUUUAGAAAAUAUUUGUGUUUGAAGUAAUGUAGCUUAUAUUUAAACGUAAAUUUUUGUUUGUUAGAAUUUUAUUUUUAGUUCUGCGUCUGCUCCAUCUAGGUGUUGUUCGUUUUAUUGAAUUAAAAUUAAAGUGUCGAGCUUUUAUUACCUACUUCUCAAAAAGUUUUGCGGACAAGAGUUACGCGUCGCAUUCGACGUGCUGCGCCGCAUCUGGUCGACAGGUAAGCUAAGUUACACUUACGCGCAGAAUUCAAAAUCUAAUUGUCUUUAUAAUUAAAUAGGCUUUAUACGUAUUUUUGUCACGUUAACAGUCCAAAGUGAAUGUAUCAGCUGUGUGGAGAAACAGAUUUUAGUAUUAAGAUAUCGAAGUAACCUCUUAGAAGUAGUUAUUUAUUAAUGAUGGUAGGUAUUAAUUGAAUGUAAUAAAUAUAGACUAAUGCCUACUAAUAAUGCAUUUCAUAAUUUAUGUAUUAUGUUAUAAGUGGCAUUCGUUUGAUUUCAACCUCGAGCUUUCAAAAAUUAUCUGCUUCUUCUAAACAGUACCAUUGAACAAGUCAGUAUAAGAUGAAAUGUAGCGAUAAGAUUAUUAUAUUUUAUUAGAAUAAAUGAUUAUGUGCUGUAUUGUUAUGUCUUUGUCUACGAAUUCCUCAUGUUCGGAAAUAAUUUUGUUGAAACAAACAGUUGAACUCUAUCAAUCUUUUUUUACGUUGUUUUUACAUUUGAAAGGAAACUUUGAUUUCGUUAUAUAAUUGUAGUUUUUUCGAUUUAAUUAAGUUUGUAGAUUAAGAGUUAAUAAA